AUGGGAAAACUCAUUAAGAACCACUGGGCGAGGCUCAUUAUACUGGCUGCUGGAACUUACCAAGUCGCAGCCGCACUCGAGGGCUUCUUCUGGCCCAAGAUCUUCUGGGAUUUCCUCACAAAAACCCUAGAUGCCGCCGUCAAGCCGGUACCGAUACUGCAAAUCAUCAACCUCCUCUUCGGACUCUUACUCAUCGCUUGGGAGUGGCCGCUCGGUUUUAUUGCCGGAUCCAGCUUUCACCGCAGUCUCGAGGCCCGCCUGGCCAUCCUUCCGCUUACCGCCCUGGCUGCCGCGCUCAUCUACCAAGGGACAAACGCUGCGAUUUACCAGGUGAUUGGACUGGGUGUGUACUUUUGGGCAUACAGCGAGGGAGAGAUGAUCUGCGCAAAGCCAUGGACACUACCACAGCGUGGUGGCAAGUCCGGACGUGUAUAA